AUGCCAAUAGCAACCGUUCCAGAUGAACUUGUGUACGAGAUCCUGUUAAGGCUUCCAGUGAUAUCUCUGUUGAGAUUCAAGCUUGUUUCAAAAUCAUGGUUGUCAUUAAUCUCAAGCUGCGAAUUCGUCAAAGCACAUCUCAAAUUCAAUGAAAAGAACCAGCAAGUCCUGUUUCAGGGCUAUGAUGCAUAUGCUCAAGCACCCGGUUUUUAUCUCAAACAUUAUUCUCUUAAUUCUUUAUUGGAUGGAGAGGUGGAUCCUGCCGAUCCUGUUAGCCUUUGUGACAUCUUCCAUGAGGCAACCGGCUACAAAGUUCCUUAUUGUCGGGCGUGUUGUAAUGGGCUGAUUUUCACUGCCUUGAAUUAUAAAGAUUUUCCCUUGUGGAACCCAUCUACCCGAAAAUUCAAGAAGUUGCCCUACUCAGGCUUACCAGAGGUUUCUGCCCCCGGUUGGACCUACUUUAUGGCCUAUGGCUUUGGAUAUGACGAGUAUAGUGAUGACUAUAAAGCAGCAGUAGUAGUGUCAUAUAAGGAUGCUCAUUGCGAUCGCACUUCACCUCAGUCCACUAGUUAUGAUCGUAGUCCUAUUAUAUCUCUUGAUUUAGCAACAGAUAAAUGUGCAGAGGUGGAGGAACCGAAUUAUCAUAGCCCAUAUUACACAAAUUUGGGAAUAUGUGAGGGGAAUCUCAGCUUGAUCUGCCAUAGUCGUGGUUCGCUUCCCUCUGAAAUAUGGGUUAUGAAGGAAAAUAGUGCUGGAGUAUCUUGGAUUAAGUUGCUUGGCAAUCUGUGCAAUGACUUAUCAAUAGCAUUGCACAUAUCGUGCAGAGGGGAAUUUCUGGGGGUGUUUGAUAGUAGAUUAGGACUUUGGAACUAA